GUGAAUACAGUAGUGACGCCAAAUAAAGAUCUACUGAGCGUAGUCGAAGCCUGAUAUUUGUGCGCGAAGGAAGUAUUCUUAGUCAACUAUUUGUUUUCAUUGGAAAAAAUGCCUUAAACUUUAAUUAUUUAAAUACGCUUUCGUAUUUAUACAUUCACAAAAAUCACAGAAGCACAUUAACAAAACAUAACACAUAAUGGGGGACGUGAAAAAACAACCACACGUUGAUUAUGAUCCAUUCGAACAUCGUGAAGUUGAAAAACCGAACUCUGAUGUACGAUCAACUGCAAAUUUAAUAAAGGCCUCUUUAGGCACAGGAAUACUUGCGGGACCUCUGGCCUUCUCAAAUGCAGGUUGGGGCGUUGGCCUUAUUGGAACACUUUUCAUCGGUUUCUUGUGUACUCACUGCAUACACAUACUUGUGAAGACAUCUCGAGGCUGUUGUAAAAUCGAGAAGAAACCAUUACUGGACUACGCGCAGACAUGUCGGUCAGUUUUUGCUAACGGACCGAAGAGUGUGAGAAGGUUUGCUGGAGCUGCCAGCAUUUUUGCAGAAUUUGCUCUGUUAUCCACAUACGUCGGAGUAUGCUGCAUUUAUACAGUACUUAUAUCGGAUUCGAUUAAACAGCUUGUAGACCACUACGUACCGUCUGUAACGAUACCUGUAGAAUAUUACUGUUUGAUACUGUUACUGCCUCUGUGCGUACUUUGUCAGAUAAGAUACUUAAAGUUUCUGGCUGUGUUUUCAAUGAUAGCCAAUGUCCUACUCGUGGCCACAUAUGCAAUAUGUCUCUAUUAUAUUUUCGGAGGUGGAAUUUCGUUUGUCGAUAAGAAAGUCGCUGGUGAUCCGGCAAGAUAUCCAGCUUUUAUUUCAACUGUAAUAUUUGCAAUGGAAGGUAUUGGAGUAGUGAUGCCAGUUGAGAAUUCAAUGAAGAAACCGCAAAAUUUUCUCGGAUUUCCUAGUGUGUUGGUCGUAGCGAUGUCGACUAUUGUAUUCCUGUACAGUACCCUGGGUUUGUUCGGCUACUUUAGAUACGGUGACGUUUUAAGAGGAACCAUCACUUUGAAUCUACCAACUGAGGAGUGGCCCGCGAUAUUCGCGAAGAUCUUCAUUGCACUUUCAAUAUUCUUCACGUACCCUCUACAGUUCUAUGUAGUUAUCGAUAUAUUCACGAAAUAUACGAAGCAUCACAUCAAGGAGAACUACCAGAAGAUGGCGCAGGUGGUCGCCAGAACCGUUGGCGUGACGUGCUGCGUCGGUAUUGGAAUAGCAUUACCACUGCUAGAACAAAUUAUCAAUAUAGUCGGAGCGAUUUUCUAUUCGAUUCUCGGUCUCGUGAUUCCUGCUAUCGUGGAAACAGUUUUCCGGUGGAACGACCUCGGAAAAUUCAAAUGGAUUCUUUGGAAAAAUGUCCUCAUUCUUCUCUUCGGCCUCGGAAGUCUCGUGUCAGGAUGCACCGUGACAAUAAUGGACAUAAUACAAGUACUCAAACAGAAAACUGAGUAACGACGUAAACUACAAUGUCACGAUCGAUGUCAAGUACUGCUCAUUACAUUACACAGCAAUGUCAGCCAUAUCUCAGAGGAAAAAUAAAUCGUAGUAGAAUUUUCCGUAAAGUGAAGAUACUAUUUUACUAAUAAGGAAACUGCUUAAGCAAAUAUCGGUAAUGAUACAGCGUAUAGAAAAACGUAAAAAAUAUGCUUCGUGUAAUGAUAGAACUCAGAACUGUAGAAUGUUUUUCACGUUGCAAAAAAAUGAAAAUAAAUUUGUACAAC